UAUAUAUAUAUAUAUAUAUAUAUAUAUUAGCUUAUUAUUCCAGAAUAUGGAUUACAUAUUUUAAUCAACAUUUUAUUUUUAAGUAGUGGAUAGUGAUUUUCAUUACUUCUAAAUAUUCCAUUAAUAAUAUAUCACUUGUGGCAAUAUUAUCAUAAACCUAUUAUGUCUAAACCAGGAAUUUAUGACCCAACUAAUAUAAUGAGUGUUCAAGCUCUUAAAGUUCAUCAAAGGGAAGGAUGGAGUAAACUUAUAUUUUAUCUUUUAUUGUUUUUUUACUAUUUAUAUAGUAUGAUUAUUUCAUUAGGAAUUAUGAUUGAUUCAUUAUGAAAAUCAUCUUUUAUUAUGCUCUAAAAAAUUUAUUUAUAAUAUAUCUUCAAUAUAAUGUUUCGCUAGUUAGUUUUUUUAUUGUAAAUAUAAGAAAUAAUGUAUAAUUUA